GUUCUGUUUUGCUUAUCUAAUCAAAGAUAUUCAAAGGAACCAGCUUCAAUUUCCUCUCACUUGCUCAUUCUAUCAAAGAAACACUCAAGUAAGACAGUCGAGAAGUUCCUUUGACUAAAAUGCAUCCCUCUGUCAUCUUUCUGGGCCUUGCCAUUACAAUGUUGCUCUCCGAACACUGGGGAACUGCAACUGUGGUUGAAGACUUCAACCAUGUUGAGAGAUGCAAGGACUCACUGUAUAUGGGCACCCCUCCACGCGGCUUCAAAAGUGACAAGCUCAAGAAGAUCUGCCAGCGCUACGCUGACAAACCCAGAUACGUGACUCUGUACGACUCCCAAAACCGCAUCCCAGUUUACUCUGCAUACACCUUCAAGAAAACAGAGGGCGAUCGGCGUGUGGACUACCCCUGGAUGUAUGAACCUCAGCUUGCAGAGCUUGAUGGGAAUGGGAACAUGUUGCCGUUCCCCACUGGAUACUUACACAUGAAGUUUGAGGACAGCCAGGCGGUUUUGGAUGACUACUCCGACGUGGUUCUGUACGAGCGAGGCCAUCUGAAUCCAGACCAGCACCAGUCAGACCCCCAGGACCGAGCGGCUACCUACACGCUCACCAACGUCGUGCCAGAAAUCCGCGAGUUCAACAUCGGUCCAUGGCGCCAACAUGAAGAGCGCAUCCGCGUGCGCCUCAACAACUUCUGCCGGGGCACAGCCUACAUCGUAACUGGGGUUACCACUACCGGAAACAUGAUCCGACGCAACAACCAGGACCGCGUUGCCAUUCCCGAAGAUGUGUGGUCUGCCUACUGCUGCACCGAGUACGACCGGAACGCGCCACACAACGUGCGAAUCCGUUUCCCUACCCAAGCGGCCCUCGCCAAGAACGCGAAGGAGGGGAACACAGUCCAAGAGCUCUCAGUGCUGGAUCUGGAGAGCUACCUGACAAAUAGAAUGGCCGUAGACAAGAACUUCCAGCUGUUCUAUGAUAACUGCGUCUCACCUUCACCUCUUCCUCCCUACCUUCAUCAUGCCAAAUGAUCCGACCUGCCUUCUGCUUAUAGCUGUUUCUUUUUUCUUGCUUUCUACUUUCCUGUAGCUUCUCUGUGUAUUUCUUUAUAGAAAAUGAUUUGAAAUAGCAACUAAAUGUAACAAUCUGCAGAAUGUUUGGUUCGCAUUAUUAUACACUACCGUUCAAAAGUAAGAUUUUUUUUUUUUUUUUUUUAAGAAAUUAAUAAGGAUGCGUUAAAUUGGUCAAAAGUGUCAGUAAAUACAUUUGAUUUAUUUAUGAUAUAUAUAUAUAUAUAUAUAUAUAUAUAUAUAUAUAUAUAUAUAUACCAGCCCCUAACUUUUGAACGGUAUAGUGUAUAGGCCUAUAAAAUAUUUGUAAUCAUAUUUCUGAGAAUACUUAAGGAAAAUUAGUCAUGUUAUGGUGUGAAAUGAUUGUGUAACAUUUUUUUUUCUCCUGUCAGCUCUCUGCUUUAACUAUUUUAUUGCUUUUAUCUUAACAUUAAUCAUUCUAUAUGCACAGAGUAAUUGUGACAAAGUACCUCAGUUUGCAUAUACAUGCUACAUAGUUCACUGACACCACCUGAAGUUCUAGUUUGUCUUUAUGGGUGAUUUAAGAUAAUGUGUAAAAACAAAAAAGCUGACAUGUCACAUUUUUCCAACCUUGUUGUUUCAAUAUAUCAUGACUGAUACAAACCAAUAAAACCUAAGGACAAUUCUA